AUGAUGUUCUGCAGAGCUGUUGGUAGAGCCAACCUGGCCGUUAUGAUAGACCUUGCUCAAAAUUCGGCUCGGUUGGCAUCUUCCACUGCCGUGUCUCAGAUUAAGAAAUUCCAAGUUUAUCGCUAUGAUCCCGAAAGUGGAAAAAAGCCAUACGUGCAGACGUUCGAGGUUAACAUAAACGACUGUGGUCCUAUGGUUUUGGAUGCUUUGAUAAAAAUCAAAAAUGAACAAGAUCUGACAUUGACCUUUAGAAGAUCUUGUCGAGAAGGCAUCUGCGGUUCGUGUUCAAUGAAUAUCAAUGGAGAGAACACCUUAGCUUGCACAUGCAAAAUCGAUACAAACUUGUCAAGGGUUACAAAAAUAUACCCGUUGCCGCAUAUGUACGUCGUCAAAGAUUUGGUCCCGGAUUUGAACCUGUUUUACGAGCAGUAUCGCGCGGUCGAGCCUUGGUUGCAACGUAAAACUCCACUAAAGCAUGGUCAGAAACAGCUGUAUCAGACCGAAGGAGAACGUUCUCGUGUGGACGGAUUAUAUGAGUGCAUUCUUUGCGCGUGUUGCUCUGCGUCUUGCCCUUCCUAUUGGUGGAAUUCCGACAAGUAUCUUGGACCGGCUGCUUUACUGCAGUCUUACCGGUGGAUCGUUGACUCCCGUGACGAGUUUCACGAAGAGCGGCUGAAGAAAGUUGGCGAUGCAUUUUCCGUUUUCCGCUGCCAUACUAUUCUGAACUGCACCAAAACAUGUCCAAAGGGUUUGAAUCCCGCCAAAGCCAUAUCUGAAAUCAAGAAGCUUUUGGUUGGUGUCAGUCAUAAGGAAACGCCCAUUCCAGAGCCAGCGGCACAGAAAGCUCACGCUUAG